GGGAAGUGCCAAGUACCACUUCUCCGAAUCUCCGAUAACUAACCACUUCCAGUCUUCCCCAUCUGCAUCCCCAAGGACUCGGGAACGCGAGCUGGGCCAAGGCGAUGGAGUCGCCGUUCCGGGCGGACGUGCUGAAGGGGAAGGCGGCGCUGGUCACCGGCGGGGGCUCUGGCAUCUGCUUCGAGAUCGCCGCCCAGCUCGCGCGCCACGGCGCGCAGGUCGCCAUCAUGGGCCGCCGCCGCGAGGUCCUCGACAAGGCCGUCGCCGUCCUCCGGUCCCAAGGCCUCCGGGCUGUUGGUUUCGAUGGAGAUGUCCGCAAGCAGGAGGAUGCGGCCAGAGUGCUUGCGGCGACAGUUGAGCAUUUCGGCAGGCUUGACAUUCUUGUCAACGGUGCAGCCGGCAACUUCCUUGCUUCCCCGGAGGAUUUGACGCCCAAGGGAUUCCGAACUGUUGUUGACAUUGACACUGUGGGUACAUACACAAUGAGCUAUGAAGCCCUGAAGUAUCUUAAAAAGGGUGGACCAGGGAAAGGCCCCUCCACUGGUGGCCUCAUCAUUAACAUAAGUGCCACACUGCAUUACACCGCGGCUUGGUACCAAAUUCAUGUCUCUGCUGCUAAGGCAGCUGUUGAUAGUGUUACAAGAUCAUUGGCUCUGGAAUGGGGAACAGAUUAUGACAUUAGAGUCAAUGGAAUUGCACCAGGACCAAUUCAGGACACUCCAGGACUGAGGAAGCUAGCACCUGAGGAAAUGAACAAGGGGCGUCAAGAAAUGAUGCCAUUAUUUAAGUUUGGGGAGAAAUGGGACAUAGCAAUGGCUGCACUAUACCUUGCUUCUGAUGCAGGCAAAUAUGUAAAUGGGACUACACUGGUGGUUGAUGGAGGCCUUUGGUUAAGUCGCCCUCGCCAUAUUCCCAAGGAGGAAGUGAAGGAGCUCUCGAAGGUUGUCGAGAAGAAGGUUAGGACCUCUGGUGUUGGCGUGCCAUCCAGCAAAUUGUGAUGGCAUCUUUGGUUAUGCCAAUGGCAUCUUUGGUUAUGUCACCCUUCUGUGUGUUCUGUAGCAUCUAUCAAUAUUGUUGUCACCAAAAUUAUUGUCUAUGUGACUCUUGUAAUCUGCCGGGCAGAGUUUAUUUGCUUGAGUAAUUUCCAAUAUUUACCGUUCUUGUCUUCAAA